AUGAGCGUGGAGACGCAGCCGUCGGCGAGCACCGCAACCUGCGCACGUGGGGAACCGCCUCUGACGCAAAUCCCCCAGCGCUUCCUCCUGACGACGGCGGCUACCGGGAAGACGGCGCGUGAGUCAGCCGGCCGCGGGGGACGUCCGUCGGUGCACGAGUUGAUGCGGAACGAUGAAUACACGAAGAAGCUUGCGCGUAGCUCGGCGGGGGGGACGGUGUCGCGCUACCGCGUGCCCGUGGGGCGGCCGCUGCCGCUUCACACGCUGGAGGCCGGUGCGGGUUGGCGCCAGCCCGCAAGGAACGUUGAGAGUUCCCUUGCGUCGCUCUUCCGUGGCUCGGCGGAGGGCGCCGUCGUGCCGGACUUCUUAAAACCCGCAGAGCACAGCCGCCGGCGCGAGAUUGAGGAGCGAAAGGAGCGGGAACGGCAGCUCAUCGGCGACCCCGACGCGAAGCGGCGCCUGCUGGAGCCAAAGCAAAUGCCGAAUCUCGACAAGAAGGUGCCGGUGGGCUUUAUCCCGCGGUGCGCGGCAGUGGGUACGCAGGCGAUCCCGAUCCACGCCGACAAGGCGGAGGCGCAGGCCCACACGGCGCCGCAAAAAAAUGUAGGCAGCGAAGUAUAG